AUGGCAAACGAUAAGCUGCGGGUGUUUGGCAAAUACUUCCCCGUCUUUCUAAACUAUGGAUUCUCCCUUCUUGUCCAACGGAUCCAAGCUCUCAUCCACCGUUACACAUGGAAAAACCUCCCCUCGUCCCAGAACGUAGUCGUGAUCGGCGGUUCUUUCGCCGGAAUAACUCUCGCACGCCGUCUCGCAGAGUCAUUGCCAUCAGGGUACAAAGUAGUCCUCAUUGAAAAGAACUCCCAUUUCAACUACACGUUCAACUUCCCCCGCUACUCGGUCGUGCCUGAACGCGAACAGCGCGCUUUCAUACCCUACACUGGAAUUAUGGCGAAUACACCCAAGGGCAUCUUUGAGCAGGUACAAGAUGUGGCAGUUGGUGUGCGGGAAGGAGAUGUCGUCGAGUUGGCAUCGGGGAGAAAGAUCCCUUUCGCAUAUCUAGCCAUCGCUACAGGAGUCACGCAAUCACCGCCUGCGAAAUUGUUGGCGCGUGAGAAGGCAGACGCGUGUGGAGAGUUGAGGGCGCUGCAAACUAGGAUUCAAGAUGCGAGCCGGAUUGCUAUUGUUGGUGCUGGUGCUGUUGGGGUGCAAAUGGCUGGCGAUAUCAAAUCGUUUUAUCCGGAGAAGAGCGUACUGCUUAUCCACUCGCGACAGCAGUUGAUGUCUAGUUUCGGCGUGAGAUUGCACGAGUAUGUUCUUGGGAAGUUGCAGACUAUGGGUAUUGAUAUUAUGCUCGGAGAACGGCCGGAAUUACCGAGGACAGCGGCUUGGGAGGGGGGAGAGUUAACCUUCAAGGGGGUUAAGGAUGAGCAGUUUGAUUUGAUCAUCCCUUGCACAGGCCAAACACCUAAUUCGUCGAUAAUCGAACAAUUUUGUCCCACGGCUGUAUCGUCCAAAACCAAGAGAAUCCUCGUCAACCCGACAUUACAACUAAAGAGCGAUGUGAAAACCAAUGCCCAAAUCCACAAUAUUUUCUCUCUAGGAGAUGUAGCGGAAACAGGGGGUCCCAAGAUGGCGAGAGCCGGAAUGAUUCAGGCGGACGUUGUUCAAGAAAAUAUACUUGCACUCAUCAACGGACGCAAACUGAAAACAUAUAAACCAAUGUCAAUCGAAGGAAGUCUCAAGUUAAGUUUAGGAAUGGACGAGCAUGUCAUGUACGUGAAACAUGAAGAUGGCGACGAGUUUCUUUACGGGGGGAAGAGUAGCAAUGUUGAUUUGGAGGUGGAGAAGGCUUGGAAGAUGUUUGGUGGGGAUAUGGAGACUAACAAAGCUUCUUGA